CUCUAUGUAUUGUCCACCCAUGUUUUAUCAUUUUCUUUUGGCAACAGUGCCAGCAUGAGGCUUCUUCGUAGGUUCGUGUAUUAUCCAUCCUAAAUAUUACUUUGCAUUAUUAUAUGCUUUAGUCAAAGUGGCUGCUUCUCUAUAAAAUACAAGUAACACAUCACAACCUAAGUGAGCAUCUCUAUGUUGCAUCUCCAAACUUCAAUCCAACCAUUCUUUUAAAUCAAGCAACAAUUCAGAAAAACAGAACUAUGGAUCCAAACUUUCCUCCAGCUAGUGAUUUCACAAACGGUUACUACCACUUUGGUGAAGAACGGAGUAUAUUGGUUUCUGAGUUUGAUCCAAAUCAAUAUGAUAGCUACCUUGAUGCUGAUCCAAAUCAAUAUGAUAGCUUUCUUGAGGCUGAUCCAAAUCAAUAUGAUAGCUUCCUUGGUGCUGAUCCACUUGAUUUUGCUGCUACCACCUUCCCUAUAGAAGGUUGUAUGGCCUCGGCGACAGAUCCUUCGUUGGAAGACACUGAUUUUUCAGAUACUGGUAAGUUCAUAAACCAAAUUCUGAUGGAAGAAAAUGUUGACCAGAGACCGUUUUAUGACCCACUUAGCUUACAAAUGACAGAAAAAUCAUUCUAUGAUGCUCUUUUACACACAAAUAAACCUCUUUCCCCUAAUCAACACCCCUUAGAUAUUCAUAACUCUGAUGGCACAACCAGCAGCAACAGCAAUAGCAAUAGCAGCGUCGACGAUUCUCGAGAGUCAAAACCCCUUUCACCUGAUACUCCUGUUUCUGAUCAUGUUAAUCAUGUUUUUCAGUUUAAUUCCCCUGCUGUUUCUCAGCCUCAUUCUACUGGUGUUAGUAAUGGGCUCAGAGAUUUGGAUUCUUCUAUUACGCAGAUGGCACAAAACAUUUUCAGUGAUGCAGAUUCUGUUUCUCUAUUCAAUAAAAGUUUAGAAGAAGCCAACAAGUUUCUUCCUCCGCAGCCUCAACUCUUUACUGGUUUUGAGUCAUCCAAUUUGGAUAUAGCUAGGGAGGAAGAGAAUCCGUUUGUGUUGAAGAGUAGAAAGAAUCACAAGCGCGAAGAAAGUUUUAGUCAAGAACAAGAAGAAGAAGCUUGGAGAAGUAGCAAGCAAUCAGCUAUUAGUGCUGUUGAUGAGGAUGAAUUAUCAGAGAUGUUUGAUAAGGUUUUGCUUAAUGUGGGACAUAUGCCACUAUGCAAUGAACAUGAUUGCCUGCAGAAUGGACAAGUGAAAACGGAGGAGCUGCCUCCAUCAAAUGGAGCGAAGACUCGUCCUAAGAAACAAGGCAAGAAGAAUGAAACAAUAGAUUUAAGGAAUCUUCUGCUUAUGUGUUCACAAUCUGUGUAUGCCAAUGACAACAGGAAUGCUAAUGAGCUACUGAAGCAGAUUAGGCAACAUUCUUCACCCUCUGGGGAUGGACCACAAAGGUUGGCUCAUUACUUUGCCAAUGGCCUUGAGGCACGCAUUGUCGGCGACGGUACUAGAGCACAAACAUUCUAUUCCUCCCCGAGCACCAAGAGGAUCUCUACUGCUGAGUUUUUGAAAGCAUAUCAAGUUCAUCUAUCUACUAGUCCUUUCAAAAAGUUUGCAUACUUCUUUGCAAAUAAAAUGAUUAUGAAAGCUUCUGCAAAUGCUGAAACCCUUCAUAUCAUUGAUUUUGGUAUCCUAUAUGGUUUUCAGUGGCCAAUACUUAUAAAGUUUUUAUCAGAUAGAGAAGGUGGACCUCCAAACCUGAAGAUCACCGGGAUAGAGUUCCCUUUACCUGGUUUUCGUCCAAUGGAAAAAAUCGAAGAAACUGGUCGUCGUCUUGCCGACUACUGCAAGCGCUUCCAUGUUCCCUUUGAGUUUAAUGCCAUACCAUCGCGUUAUUGGGAAACAAUUCAAGUGGAGGAUCUUAAAAUCAAGAGCAAUGAGGUUGUUGUUGUGAACUCUUUGAUGAGAUUUAAGAAUUUAUUGGAUGAAAGUAUUGAAGUGAACAGUCCUAGAAACGCGGUUCUGCAUUUAAUCAGAAAGAUAAAUCCUGCUAUUUUUGUUCAGUCAAUUGUUAAUGGAUCAUAUAAUUCGCCAUUCUUUGCUACACGGUUUAGGGAGGCACUGUUUCAUUUUUCUGCUCUUUAUGAUAUGUUUGACACUGUCAUACCACGCGAAAACAAAUACAGGAUGCUGAUGGAGAGGGAAAGUAUAGGUAGAGAAGCUAUGAACGUUGUAGCUUGUGAAGGUUUAGAGAGAGUUGAGAGGCCAGAGACAUAUAAACAGUGGCAGGUUAGGAAUACAAGAGCUGGUUUCAAGCAGCUUCCAUUGAAUUCGGAAUUAAUGGACAAAUUUAGGACAAAGUUACAGCAAUGUUACCAUAAAGAUUUUGUUUUUGAUGUAGACAACGAUUGGAUGCUUCAAGGUUGGAAAGGACGCAUUUUAUAUGCUUCAACAUGUUGGGUGCCGGCAUAAUCAACUCACAUCACAAUACCAGACUUAUAGUGUGACUGUGAUUAUAAGAAUCAGUUGUAGCAUUUUACUCUAUACUUUACCUUUGUGAAAGUUUAGAGUUGUAGUAGUGGUAGUAAUACUAGGACGAGGUUACUUGAGAUACUAUUUCAGCAUGUAUGUUGUAAUGGUUAGCUUAUUUUGGUAGCUCUUUAGAAGCUUGUUUCUUUUAUGUAACAGAAGCUUGUUUUUCUUAGUACCUUUGAGAUAGUUGCAUGCCAUGGCCUUAUUCACAUAAAUUUGAUUGUUUUCUUUCUUGCCAAUUAUUCUGUUGGCUGUACUAUAUGCAGACCAUAAUUUUGUUUUGUUCCAUAAUAAAUUGCAGUUACAAA